CCGGCCGCCAUCACGAAUUCCCUCCUCAAUAGUGUUGCCUUGCACAUUCUUCCUACCGAACUAAUACUCCCUGGCUUAGACUGAUUCGUUGCCUAUUGGAAGUCGGUCGCCCAUUCCACUAUUCUGCGACAGCUUACGACACCGCCCGAUUCGACCGCCGCCCCUCUCUCUCUGCCUAUUAUCUUUCCCGCCUGACUCCACCACUUUCUACCGACUUCUAGGCAUCACAGGUCUCGAGUAUUGGGAGAAUUACGACUUGGAUAGGGAGCUAGUAUCUUUUAUUUGCAUUUAAAGGAUUGGACACGGAGGAAAUACGGGAGCAUAAUCUGUCACAACCCUUAUCAAGAUGUGGUCAUGGUUCGGUGGCUCAGCAGCCCAGAAGCGGAAGGAUGCGCCGAAGGAUGCGAUCCUCAAGCUUCGAGAGCAGCUUGAUAUGCUGCAGAAGCGUGAGAAGCAUUUGGAGAAUCUGAUGGAGGAGCAGGAUGCCGUGGCCAGGAAGAACGUGACGACGAAUAAGAACGCGGCUAAGUCUGCCCUGCGGCGCAAGAAGGUCCACGAGAAGAACCUCGAACAGACGACGGCGCAGAUCAUUCAGUUAGAGCAGCAGAUAUACUCGAUCGAGGCGGCGAACAUUAACCAGGAGACUCUGAAUGCGAUGAAGCAGGCUGGUGCGGCCAUGACGCAGAUUCAUGGUAACUUGACUAUUGAUAAGGUUGAUGAGACAAUGGAUCAACUCCGCGAGCAACAUCAACUCAGUGAGGAAAUCGCACAGGCUAUCACAAACACCCAGAUCGGCGAACAGGCGGACGAGACCGAGCUGGAAGCCGAGCUCGAGGGUUUGGAACAGGAGGCUAUGGACGAACGAAUGCUUCACACAGGGACGGUACCGGUUGCAGAUCAACUCAACCGGUUACCGGCCGCGGCCAAUGGAGAACCCAAAGGCAAAUCCAAGGUACAAGAGGAAGAAGACGAGGAGGCAGAAUUGGAGAAGCUGCGUGCGGAGAUGGCCAUGGGAUGAUACAUUCGCCCCUUUCAUCUCCCUUAUUUCCCCUCUUUCUUUCUUUCCUUCCUCGUUAGCCCAUUCUAUUUCGAUACAAUCAUUCAGCGCCGGUUAAUUGAAUUACGAAGUUUAUUAUGAUCAAUAAUUGCCCCUAAGUCAAAGAAUAUCAAUAGAUCGAAGAACCUCUUCUGAAUAUAGCAGUGUCAAGAAUGAGCAUAAACCUAGC